CGUGCACCGCAGAGGAUCCCGGCUCCUCUCCAAAGCCACGAAGUUUUGGGGCCUAUCGACUCCCUGCUUCCCAUCCUCCCCGAAUUCCUCUCUCCAACUAAUAAAACCCUUCUCCGCUACAGCGCUCACCGGUCGCUCCCACUCGGCGAGCCAUGGAGGUGGGUUUCUGCCCCUCGCGCUUCUCCCUGGACGCGCGGAUACUCUCCUCUCCUCCCACCCACUCUCGGGGCACCAGGGCCCGAUUCAAGGCCGCCGUCACCCCUUCUCCCGAAGCCUCUCCGAGAGCAUCCUCUCUUAGCAGUGUCUUUGUCGCUCCUUUCGUCGGAGGAAGCGUCUCCGGCGACUUCUCCGGUCAGAAGUUGAGGAUCCCCUCGCUAAGCCCGUCUCCAUCCGGCCGCCGAGGCAAGAGGGGCGUCGUUACCAUGGUUAUCCCUUUCUUGAGAGGAAGUGCGUGGGAGCAGCCACCUCCAGAUCUAGCAUCUUACUUGUACAAAAACCGAAUCGUAUACUUGGGUAUGUCUCUUGUUCCAUCAGUGACAGAGCUGAUACUAGCAGAAUUCCUUUAUCUUCAAUAUGAGGACGCAGAAAAGCCAAUUUACCUCUAUAUAAAUUCCACUGGCACAACGAAGGGUGGAGAGAAAUUGGGUUAUGAGACAGAGGCCUUUGCAAUUUAUGAUGUUAUGAGGUAUGUUAAACCACCUAUAUUCACACUUUGUGUUGGAAAUGCUUGGGGAGAAGCGGCAUUGCUUUUAGCUGCUGGUGCUAAAGGAAACCGUGCUGCUCUACCAUCAUCAACCAUAAUGAUAAAGCAGCCAAUUGCGAGGUUUCAAGGCCAAGCAACAGAUGUUGAUCUUGCAAGAAAAGAAAUAAAAAAUGUGAAGGCAGAACUGGUUGCUCUUUACUCUAAACAUAUAGGAAAACCUCCUGAACAAAUUGAGGAAGAUAUCAGACGUCCUAAAUAUUUCAGUCCCAGCGAAGCAGUUGAAUAUGGUAUCAUCGAUAAGGUGCUGUACAACGAAAGAGGCCAGGAAGACCGUAGUGUGGUAUCUGACCUUAAAAGAGCUCAACUUAUAUAAAUGUAAGCAGAAACCACAUGUUUAAAAAAUGUCGAGGCAAAUUAUCAUGUCACUAUUAGCAAGAAGUCGCAUCUUGUCACGGCCAAAUUUGCUAUCUUGGCAUUCUUGCUUUGAUCAAUUUCCAGUCCUGUAAAAUUUUGAUGAUAGUAACUAUUCACAGUGGAGGUAGUGAUUGGCAGCAAUGGAAUCACUGAAAUGUAUCUAAAACUUUUCUGGUCAUCAGGAUCAGCAUUUUCUUCUUUUGUUUGCCAUGGCUUCAUGACAGUUAUAUGUAGGAAAAGGCUCAUAGAGGACUUUUCAAGUUUAUUGCAGCUUGGAUUCUCUGGGAGUUGUAUAAGGAGGCUUUACUUGUGAGCAUCAAAUCAGUUUAUGCAGUAAAGUGAA